UCACUUGGUGUUUCUAUUUUACAUCAUCUUUUUUGUUGCUCACAUUCUUCUGGUGCAACACUGGUACAUUGAAUUCCAUGGCUGUUCACUCACUCUCACUAAGUCUUAAACUUAUGUAUCUGACCUUUUUAAAAUAUUGUAAUACCAUUAAAAUACCAUUUUAAAGACUCAACAGGGAUCGUCAGACAAGCUACACAAGACACCCACGGAAACUGUCUAUGGCUCAUGUGGGUGGGUGGUACUACUGAAAAGUUCAUAACUUUAGAGCUCAACUUUUCCGACUUCAGAAGCUCAGAAAUGGCAGGGCACUCUCGGAAAUGCACAGAUCUGACAAAACGAUGGAGCAAGCAGAGGUUAGAAUGUGUUUUGUGUCCACUGCGUGCAGGUAAGCCAUUUUUUGAGAAUAUUAUAUGACAUUACAAGAUAUGAUAUGAAUUAUAUUAUAUUAUAUUAAUUAUAUGUCAAUAUAGGACACGAAGUCACCCCGAACUGUGGUUAUGAUGAUCGUGGAGGGCGACACGAGAGUUCCUUCAAACCGUGUGAGCCGGGUACUUUUAAUACCGGCAGCUGGCCAUAUUGUAAGAUUUGUGCUUCGUGCCCACCUGGGUAUCUCAUUUCUCACCCAUGUAGCACAACUUCUGACACGAAGUGCGAAGAAACAAGGUACGAAAAUAGCCGUGUUAGAAAAAUGAAAUAACUGCAGAAUAGCGGAGCUCCUGUUUACAGAAUAGACUCAAGCAGCUCCAUCUUACAGUCUGCGCUUUGUUUUCUUUUUUGGUUUUGCAUAGACAUGGGGCAGCAGCAGUUCCUGACAGAGUAAGUAGACUUUCCUUUAGAGAUUAUUUUUGACGGGUUCAGAACUCAUACUUUGUCAUUAUCUCCUCAUAGGAGCCUAGGACGUCUCAGACAGCAUCCGCCUCUUUCAACCCUGCUUUAACGGUAAUAGAUUAAAGAUAAAAGGCAAAUGACGAAGAGGAAAUGAUGGUGUAAAGUUUAAGUCCUAUUUUUAGGAAGUAUGAAUUCAUAUGUCACCUUAAAGUUUCCCUAUUUCACGGUUUGAGUCACAGCUUAGUUUUUUUCUUUUUGCCUUCUUUGGUAUGAAUACAGAGGAGACCAGAGGUCGUAGUUGGAUGUAACGUUUGGAAACAGAUAUCAAAAAUAGAAAUAAAUGACCGGUUAUUUGAUUUUUUUUGUUUUUGAAUAGAAACACAAAAUUAAAAUACAGCUAGAUUUUCUUUUCUGCCGUCUGACGCAAGUAAGAAAAAUUCAAGUAAUUCAAGUAGUGAUUUUUUAUUUUUAAUUUCUAAAAAGAAUCUAGAUUAGAUAGAUUAUGCAGUAAGUGAAAAUUCUACAAGAAUAAAGUAAUAAAUUCACGAGAAUAGAGUCAUAACAUUACUUCAAGCCGUCAUCUGCUGGUGUCGGUCCACUGUUUUUUAUAAGGUCUGAGGUCAGUGCAGCCGUCUACCUGGAAGUUUUAUAUCAUUUCAUGCUUCACCCUGCUGACCAGCUUUAUGGAGAUGCUGACUUCAUUUUACAGCCGGACUUGGCAUCCGUGCACACUCUUAAAGGGUACCAAUAUGUGGUUUAAGGACCAUAACCUUGGGGUUGAUGGGCCAACAAACUCACCUGACCUAAACCUCAUAGAGACUCUAUGGAGUAUUGUGAAGAGGAAGUUGUGAGACACCAGACCCAACAAGGCAGAAGAGCUGAAGGCCACUAUCAGAGCAUAACACCUCAAUAGUACCACAGACUGAUCGCCUCCAUGCCAAGCCGCAUUGCUGCAGUUGCCCCAACCAAGUAUUGAGUGCUAUACACAUUCACACUUUACAGUAGUCCAACAUUUCUGUGUUGAAAAUACUUUUUUGGUUAUAUUCUGGUUUUCUGAGAUACUGAAUUUUGCUCCCAGAGCUACCACCUUAUCGUGGUGGAGAAAUUUGUGUGCCCCAAUGAUCCCAGGGGCUCGCUCAGAUGUUGGGUGCUUUUACGUCCCUGGUAGGGUUACCCAAGGCAAUGUAAAUAUACUGCUCCAGGGGGCAGGUGUAUAACAACCAGGCCUUGGAACAAUGUCACAACAAGCCCCAACUGACCUUUUGAUAACUACCACAAGACUUAUGCUAAUGAAAGCUUGAACUUUCACUUCAUAAUUGUAUGAUUGUGAAAUGACGACAAACCUUGAAACUUUUAAUACAGAAAUAUAAUCAGCAUGAAAAAUGACGGCGACCCAUAAAGAUCACAAAAGUUCCUCUCACCUCAGAGUGGUACAGCUGAUUCAAAAAUCUUACGCGAAGAAGCAAUCAUCACAUUACACCAAAUAUCUGAUACGAACAUGAUGACACACAACCUUGGGAUUUGGCUGUAAUAAGCAAUCUGACGACUAAGGAGGAGUUGGCCAACAAUGUUUUUGCGCUCCAGUUUUUAAGUCAAAGUAACGCAAUUUUAUCAUUGUUAAUAUUCUCACAAUUUCAGUGUAUAGCUACAGCAGGUAAAGAAUUCCUUGUCUGAUUUGUCUGUCAUUCAUUUAUUUUAUAUAAAUAUUUAUAUAUGCUACUGUAUAUGACAGUUUAAACUAACAAAGGCUGUUAUUACAUUACAUUUGAUUUUGUUUACAUUUCACAUUCAGACAAACCAGGCUGACACUUUAUCACAAAGUGCAAGAAAUUCAGUGCAAGCCACCAGUCCAGAUCCAGUACUGUGUAAGUUUUGUGAGCAACAUGGAAGCACAUUUUAUCAAAUGAGAGCAUCAUUAUUUAUUUUCUUCGUUUAAUCCUGGUCAAUUUUUUUGUACAGGGGCAGUACCAUUAGCCAUCUUUAUUUCCAUUAUGAUGCUUGUGUUGCUGCUCGCCUUUGUCUUUUACAAGAAGCGAAAAAAUGGUAAGAAUAUACAAAGUGCAUAAAAACUGCAUGUGGAGCUCAUAGACCAAGAAACUGCACUAAAGCUGAGCACUGUCCCUUAAAGGAGCAACCUGUUAUUUGAUUCAUGUAAUACUAGUGGAGCUUGUGGGUGGUGCAGACAUUUAUAUAACUAUAAUUAUGUCAUAGCUGUGUUUUUAUUUAACUUUUGGGCUGGUUUCAGGUCAGAGCACAGCUCUCAGUUGCAGCCGCAGAUCAUCGUACAUUAACACAGGUUUCUCUCCCCUGUCUUCCCAACCUGCCAUCAGACAUCUGGAGGAUGAUCUGAGUGAGUAUAACUAACACUGUGAUCUUUUGAGGGGAAUCUGUAGUGAACGACUGCAGUUUUCAGUUUGGCCUGAUCCAGUUGCAUGCUUUGUUUGGCAUGGCACUACAGAGCCUUGUGUAUACACAGGAAUCUCAUCAAAUGACAUGGAGAAAUGGAGGACAAGAUGUACAAACCAAAACUUAACACACGUGUGUACAGUGUCAGUAAAAAACUUUGAUGUUUGGGUGUUCUGUAGGCCUACAAAGUGUAAAUAAAACACAAAAUGUUUGGUUAAAACGAUGGCAACAAUAUGCAGAGCGAAAAUUAAGGGGUACAUAUUUGUAAUGCCUCAGAGUUUCCACAUCCAUCUGCUGUUCAAAUCCAAAAUUCAAAAUUUUCCAAAUUGGCAAAAAUGAAGCUGAGGGACUAUAUUGAGGGAAGGCUUAUGUAACACUGUAACUCCAAGUCCAAGAGGCAUUGGCCUCAGUGCAAAAAAAAAAAAAGAAAAGAAAAGAAAGAGAAAUAUGAAAAGAAAAUGAAAAGAGUUGGAGCAACAGUGAAGUAAUUUAGUGGCGUGGACGGCCCAAAACAGGAUGAGUACCAAACCCCACCAAGGUUUGGAGCAGGUUCUGUCUCAUUCCAGUGAAAUAAUCAUAUAGUAUGAUACUAAUUAUCCAUUUUGCCAUUAAAAAAAAACAGUUUGUUUAAGCUGAACUAUAACAGUAUAAAGUUUCUUGGCAGAAAUAGAUGUGGCUCUUAAAGGCUGAAAUUUGUAUUACAACAGUGUUCAAGUAAGAGAAAAUUCCUCAAUGCUGCCUUUAACGGCUUGUGUCAUUCUUGUGCACAGGUCCUGAAGUCCAAUCAGCACCCAUGAAGACAGUUCUUGACAAUCUGGAUGUUUUGGAAGAGCUGGUAAUUUUGCUGGAUCCAGAAAGCCAUGGAGUGAAGAACACGAAACAUUUGGCAUCUCUUUGCUACUUUCCCUCUACCUGGAUCACCUAUGCUUACUCAAUGAAAGACAGCAAGAGUCCUCUGAAAGCUGUGUUGGAGGGGGUCACCAGCAGGAACCCUGACUGGACGGUGGGACACCUGGCUAAGCUACUCCAGCAGCUGGAUCGAAACGAUGCAGUUGAUGUCCUCUACAAAAUCAGACUGAGUGAGGUGGAUGUGUAGCAUUUUUCCAACCCUUAAAUUACUCUUUGCAGGUGUUAUUCAUCUUCAUUCCUGUUAGAUUGGAAUUGCCACCAUAAAUCCCUCAUUCAGAGACUUGACCGACAGGGUUUAAAAGUUGCUAUCUCAUUGUCUCAUUCUGAUAUUAUUUCACUUAACUUCUCCGGUGAUGAAGUAAUUGAGUUAUCUGGUUAUUCUUGGUUCAGAAAUAAUAGAAACAGGCAUAUAAGAGCGUUAAAGGGCUCAGGAGGAGUUGGUCUCUUGGUUAAGAAUGAACUUUUUGAUCAUUUCAAGAUAAAAAAUGUGGAUAAAUCUAUGGAUGGUAUUAUUAGGGUAUUAUUUGACAACCGACACCUGCAGUAUAGUUUUGUUGUCUUUUCUUGUUAUCUACCUCCAGAGGGAUCUGUACGAGGAAGGGACUGUAAUACAUUCUUCAGCAAUUUACUUACUCAAGUGUACUCUCUGAACAGUCGGAUUGCAGAUAAAGAAGACUGUACUGAGAAUGUAGAUACUAUUCCAGAGAGAGUGGCAAUAGAUCUGUCUUAUAAUAGUCAUGGUGAAUCAUUUCUGGAUUUUUUUAGGGACCCCAAAUGUUGUGUGUUAAAUGGGAGACUUAAUCCAGAAAAUGAUCAUUUCACUUCAAUAUCAGUGAGGGGAAAGGCUGUGGUUGAUUAUAUAGUGACAUGACAUGACGGUUUGGAGUCCUAUGUCGAAUUUCAAGUAAUCACUUCGACAGAUCUUAUGGACAGGUGUGACCCAGCAGCUAUUGAUCUUAUUGGAGAAAGAUGUCACAUACCCGAUCACUCGUUAUUAAUGUUAAGAUUUAAGACAGGGAUCCAAGGGAGAGGUGAUGACACACCUGUUACUUAUCCAAAAAGGUAUUGUAGAUCCACCAACUUGAAACUUGUCAAGGUCCACAGAAUAUGGCUGACAGAUGCUAUAAUUCACUCUGCAAUCUGCUAACUACAGAAAUGGAUAAAUGUCUACCGAGAAAUUCUCAUAAGGUACCCAAGAAAAAGUGCAUCAAACAGUAUUGGAAUGACCACCUUAAGCAACUGUGGAACAGCAAGAAAUUAGCUGAAAAGAGCUUUUUAACGUGUAAAGACCCCUUUUUGUUAACAGAAAAUGAGAGAUGGAUAUAGACAAGCACAAUCUCUGUUCGAUAAGAAUCUACGAUUCUAUAAAAGGAAAUUUUGGAAAGGACAGUCCCUAAAAUUUGAUUAUUUACGAACUAAUAAUCCACAGCAAUUUUGGAAAGAGAUUAAUAAUUUGAGCCCCAAAAGAACGCAGACAAUACCUAUGGAGGUUAUAAUAAGUGAUGAUUUCAUUGAAACUAAGAGAGAGCUUGUGCUUAUAAAUGGGAACAAGGUUUUGCUGAUUUAUUUGCUAGAAAUCGCUAUUAUUGCUACUGCUUCGUUAUUGUAAAACACUUUGGUAGGCCACUGGCUGUUUAAAUGUGCUAUACAAAUAAAAUUGACAUUGACAUUGACAAAUCAGAUUUCUUUAAAUUUUGAUGCUAAUUUUCUGGAAGAAGCUUGUGCUCUAAAAGAUGAUAUGGAAAGGAAUAUGUGCCAAGACGAGUAUUUGUUUAACACAACUUUGAAUUCUGAUAUCACUCUAGAGCAGUGGUUCUCAAGUCCAGUCCUUGAGAAUUAUGUGAAUUAUGUGAACUCAGUAAAGUGGAAAGUGAAUCACAUUUUCUGUUAUAUUGCUCUUUGUAUGUUGAACCGAAAGCUUCAUUAUUUACAAAAAUGUGUGUUAAAAUCCCCAAAACUUUCUGGUGCCCUGACGAUGAUAGAAUGAACUGGUUGUUCAACUUUAAUGUCUUUAAAUUAGCUUAUUAUGUCUCUAAGGCCUGAGAAAAAUGUCAGGAAUGCUUGUUGCUAUAAUAUGUCUUUUCUUUGGUGUCUUUUAUCCCACUCGGGCUGGGCACUUUCUGUGCAUGACACAAUAAUAAAAAAAAUUAAAUGAAAUGAAAAA